CUAAACCUGACUAAACCCCUAAACCACCGACCAAAACAAACGCUGUGUGUAGGAGUAGGUAUUUGUUGCCACUCAUCUUUGUAGCUCUUUUGUAUCGAACAUGAACUUGGAACCUCUGUUGCUGGUGCAUUGAGUCUUCUCAUUAUGAACAAGUCAUCUUUCUAUCAGGCGAUGUCGUCUGAACUGGCUUCCGAAAGUACCAUGCUGGAGUUCAAGCUCCAGAAGAUUGACCUAGGCAGGUCUCAGCAUAGUUUGACGGAGCGACCUCCAUACAGAAACCAGCACCACACUCAGAAGGCAUUUGAAACCAUGAAUAUUUUGAGGAAGCAGAACCUCCUAUGUGACGUAACUCUUGUGGCUGGUGCCACAGAGGUGUCUGCCCACAAGACAGUGCUGGCGUCCUGCAGCCCCUACUUCUAUGCCAUGUUUACGGGCUUCACUGAGAGUCGAGCCAACAAGAUCACACUUCAGGGUCUAGACGGGACUGCACUUGCUCUGCUCAUCGAUUAUGUCUACUCAGCUGAAGUACAGGUUACUGAAGAGAAUGUGCAGACCCUACUACCUGCUGCCAACCUGCUUCAGUUGAGCGACGUCCAAGAAGCCUGCUGCGAGUUUCUGCAGGCUCAGCUACACCCAUCAAACUGCCUUGGCAUACGGGCAUUUGCAGAUCUUCAUGGGUGCCUUGACCUGCUGUCUCACUGUGAUUCCUAUAUUGAGCAGCACUUUGUGGAAGUGACUGAAAAUGAAGAAUUUCUUGCCCUUCCUGCAAAUCAGGUGGCACAUCUCAUUUCUAGUGACAGACUGUCAGUUCCUUCAGAGGAGCAGGUAUUUGAAGCUGUGAUGAACUGGGUGAACCAGGACUUGGCCAACCGAGAGUCACAGCUGGGCUGCCUGAUGGAGCAUGUGCGGCUGCCACUGCUCUCUCAGGAGUAUCUGGUGCAGCGCGUAGAGGAGGAGCCCUUACUGAAGGGAAACCUUCCCUGCAAGGACUUCCUCAUUGAGGCCAUGAAAUACCACCUGUUGCGUGCCGAUCAGAAAGCUCUCUACGCUACACCACGGACCAAGCCUCGAACCCCUGUUGGACGCCCUAAGAUGCUGCUCGUGGUGGGUGGCCAGGCACCCAAAGCCAUUCGCAGUGUGGAGUGCCUGGAUCUGCAGCGUGAGCGCUGGCUUCAGUUGGCUGAGCUCCCCAGCCGCCGGUGCCGUGCAGGCCUAGCCCUUCUUGAUGGACGUGUGUUCACAGUCGGUGGCUUUAAUGGCUCACUACGUGUGCGAACAGUCGACAUCUAUGACCCCGUGAGGGAUCAGUGGAGUCAAGCGGCUAGCAUGGAAGCUCGGAGAAGUACAUUAGGCGUGGCAGUUCUAAACAGCCAGAUCUAUGCUGUUGGUGGCUUCGAUGGUUCUACAGGACUGAACAGUGCUGAAAGAUAUGACCCACAUGCAGAAGAAUGGACGGCAAUUGCAUCUAUGAGUACUCGUCGAAGCAGUGUUGGAGUAGGGGUUCUGAAUGGCCUCCUAUAUGCUGUCGGUGGAUAUGAUGGGGCAUCACGGCAGUGCCUAAGUUCAGUGGAGCGCUAUGAUCCUAAGGAAGAGGAGUGGUCCCUUGUAGCUGACAUGUCUGCAAGGCGCAGUGGUGCUGGUGUUGGAGUUCUGGAUGGAGUGCUUUAUGCCGUGGGAGGACAUGAUGGGCCCCUGGUGCGCAAAAGUGUUGAGUGUUACCAUCCUGACACCAAUUCGUGGUCCCAUGUGCCAGACAUGGCCCUGGCCAGGCGAAAUGCAGGUGUCGUGGCAAUGGAUGGCCUACUCUAUGUGGUUGGUGGUGAUGAUGGAUCAUCGAACCUUUCAUCUGUUGAAGUCUACAAUCCAAAGACCAAAACCUGGAACAUCUUGAGCACAUUCAUGACCAUUGGUCGUAGCUAUGCUGGAGUGACAAUCAUUGACAGGCCACUUUAAGGACUUUUUUAUUGAUUGCCCCCUGAAGUUAUGAUUAGACCACAGGAGGUAUACAGCUUGGGCUGAAAAGAAGGCUACCUUAAACAGGGCUUUCUUUCCACGUGGUCCCAAUGAUAAGUGGCCAAGCCUUCUAAGCAAGGGCUGCUCACACUUUAUCCCAGCAGCACAGAAAGUGAAUGCAUAGGACAGUAUGUACAUUAAUUAGGCGUAUAUUGGAAAGCACUGUCACUUGCUUGGUAUGAUAAGUCUUUCAAAACACUUUUCUAUGUGCACCCAUGAGCGUUAGCUAAAGUCAGAUAUUUAUCAAGCUAUGUAGUGCAUUUCAUUCAUUCCAGAUGGUGAUUUGUGAAACUUUUUACAUGUAGGCUUGCUAUGUAAGUUCACAAAAUCUGUCUUGACAGGCUGCAGGAGUUUUAUAAGUAUACUUUGCAGGAGGCAACAGUACGAACACACUGUGUCCAACAAAUGAGCAGCUAAAAAAAUAACAAAGAACGUUUAUUUAUAGAUAACUUGCUUUAAAGUGAUGUGCAAUGCAAAUCUGGAUGAAUGCAUUGGCUCUGCCAGGUGCUAAAUGAGAACAGGGUAACUGGGGUACCAAUAUGUAAAAAAGCACUUUAGUUCUAUUCAAGGUCAUCUUAUGUUGCCAUUUUUGCUUUGUGAAAGGGUACCAUGGGAGAUAUUUUGGAAUGUGAGAGCUGCUUGGCUAGUAUAAGCAAGUGAGGGUGAGGAUAUCACACCUGACUAUUUAUUGCUUGAAUGCUGAUUAAGUGGCCCCAUUUCAUAUUGGACCACCCUGUACUUUCAUCGUACUGCAUUUAUGUUUGAUCCCUUGCUGUGACCUCACCUUCAAGAGAACCCUCUUACAAAUGCACAGGAUGACUGUCAAAUUGCCUAAGGAAAAGCGUGUUUCUCAUUCGACAAAUAGUGAGAUUUUAAUUUUAAUGUGCAUUAUUUUCUCUCUUCAAGGCAUUGUGUAGAGGUACUAAGACAUUGUCCUAUAGUGCUCAGUGUGCUAACAGACAUGAAUACGGAUAUAUAGCGCAAACGGUAAGCUGUUUACGUAGCAAGUGCUAAGGCUUACUUAAGUAUUUUACCUUGCAUAGGUUGCUUAUUUACAUCACCUUUGAUUAGCUGUAUUAAACUUAGCUUCAGAUGAGCAAAAAUAUUUCAGAUUUGCCUACAGUGAUUGGUUAGCAGUGUUAAAACCGCACAGCAUGGAGGCCAGCUGAUAUUACCUAAAAGAUUCAGCACUAUCAUGCAGAGGUCUGCCAGCAAGUCUGUAAAGUUGGCCCUGUGCUUUCAUGUGUAAAGAAAAUUGUGUGUGUGUGUGUAUAUAUAUAUAUAUAUAUAAAAAGUAUGUAUAUGGUUUGAUAUAAAGAUGGUUGCUGGUUGUAUGUGUUUACUGUUCGCUUUUGUUUCAUAGCUAUUGGGAGAAUUAAAUGGAACAUAUGCUGUAAUUGGUGCAAAUUCACCAACCCAUGUGUUCCAUCUUUUAGCUUUACAUUUCUUAGCUUCGACACUUUGCAUCCCAAGCCAGAAUCACUGUAAUUCUAGGUAGUGGGAAAAAGAAAUUAAAAAGUCUUGUUUUUGUUUUAUUGUG